GGCAGAAAUUCUCGGACACGGAACACACAGCACACAGCACGCUUCGGAUUCGGAUACAGCGAGCAACAUUGCGCAUACGACGUGUGGGCCGAGUGGCAUAAAUAAAUAGUUCACAUUUGUUUUGCUGCUGCCCGAUUCUUUGUUUGUUUGUUUGUUUGGCCCUGUUGGCGAUUGUUGUUGUUGCUGCUGCUGUCGGAUUUUGUGUGUUUUUUCUGUGAUUUUUUUUUUGUUGCAGUGUGUGUGCGUGUGUGUUUGGUGUUUUUGAAAGCGAAUCGCGAAUAUGGGAGUAUGGUGAUUCCGCAUUCAUCAGCAGGUCAUAGAUUGCGAAUUUUCGGUUGACAUGUAGCUGGGUUUUUGGGAUUCUGGGCGUGUGUGUGUGUGAGAGGUUGUGUGUGUGCGGGAGCCAAAGGAGUGGUGAAAGGGGCAAGGAUCCGGAAUCGGAAUCGGUAUCGUAAUGCAAAGACGGCGAUAUGGCACUACAAGGCUGGCGCUUUUUCGGUGUCUCGGCAACCAUCAUCAUCUACAUAGGCGGCGUUCUGUUCCUCUCCAUGAACAACAUUCCCGGAUCGCAUCCCAAAAGACCGCGCAUCGAACGCUUCGCCGAGUUUCCCAGCUUUCAUAGUCCUCGGUUUCCGAUGCCCAGCCGCAAGAUGACGAUUCGCUGGUGUCGCGACCUAAAGUAUAUAAAUCGAGAUCUUCCAAUCUACGCGGACUACAAGGCCGACUUCUACACGGCCCUGCCCAGCGACGUCAGCGCCGCCCUGCAAUCCCUGCCAGCACUGACCGCUUUGGCCAGUUUCCCGGGCAGCGGGAACACCUGGCUGCGCUACUUGCUCCAGCAGUCCACCGGCAUCCUCACCGGCAGCAUCUACAAGGACUACGGCCUGCUGAAGACCGGCUUCCCCGCGGAGAACGUCUGCAACAGCUCAGUAUUACUGGUGAAGACCCACGAGUGGGGCAGCAAGGCGUGGGCGCCCUUCUCCAAGGCCAUCCUCCUGGUCCGCGAUCCGGAGAAGGCCAUCAUCGCCGAGUUCAAUCGCCAGAGUGGCGGUCACAUCGGCUUCGCAUCGCCGGAUCGCUACAAACGCACCAAGGGAAAAUAUUGGCAGCAAUUCGUGAGCAAUAAACUGAAGGGCUGGGAGGUGAUGAACCUCAGCUGGGCGCGCAACUUCACGGGCAGCAUCAAGGUGGUGUUCUACGACGACCUGGUCCACCACACGGAGCGGGAGCUGCGCUCCAUCCUGGAGUUCCUGCAGUUCCCGGUCAGCGAGCAGCUGAUGCGGUGCGCCAUCAUGCGGAAGGAGGGCAUCUUCCGGCGGAAGAAGCGCCUGCUGUCCUUCGAUCCCUACACGGUGUCCAUGAGGGCGGAGGUGCAGAACCGUCGGCGGAUCGUCUACGGAAUGCUGGGACGCCAGGAGCCGUAGGAGAAACACAUGUGCACUUUUAGGAACUCCGGGCAACGAGAUGGGAAAUCGAAUUCGUACCACCAACAAAAAAAAACAACACAAAGAAAACGCAAUCGAAAAUCACAAUCGCAACGACCGGAAUUGCAAAAUCGAGGAAUAACCACCCCCCUCCCCAAUUCAUGACGAUAUAUAUCGUAGGACCAUAGAUCUCACUUGGGGGUCGGCAAUAGGUGGUAAAUGCCCCCGAAAAGCCCUGUUUUUCCCCCAAAAUCCAGAUCGUUCCCAAUCGUUUGCUGCUCGCUUGGCGCAUUAGUUCAAAUUUUUGUUCAAACUUUAGGCAUGAUAAAUAUUAUUAUAUAGGCGCAUAACUUUAGGUUGAAUAUAUAUGUACGUAUUUGGUAUAGGCUAUACAACAAGGUAUUAUGAUUCCUGAACGAAUUUAUGAAAUUCAUUAUAGGCCAUGUUGUGCUUCAUCGCUCACCCAAACUCAACUCAUCCGCAACUUAUCCUUUGGUCACGUUGAGGUCCCAUAUUAGACUAUCCUUGUAAAAAGUUUUAUACACGACUCUACAAUAACUUGUGAAAUAUUAACGAUGGAUCGUAUUAGAUAAUUGUACAAAAACGAAAACCAAGAAAUCGAAUGAGAAACAAUGAAGUGGAUUUAAAAACUAAGAA